AUGGAUAGAACCCUAGAUGAGUUUUUCCGCCUUAAGUUACACGUUCCGUUUCUUUCCUACGCCAUCAAAGUAUGUGGACAAAAUGAAAAUCCAAGUGCAAAGUUUGCGGUCGCAGAAGACGUCGCUUUGGUGCUUACUACUGAUCGUGUCGAUGGAAACAUUAUCACUUGGCUGGGAAUGGAAGUUGGUGGGACAUCAGAGGACCACUAA